AUGGUAGUUGCAGUUAAACAGCUAUUGAAAUGCAUAUCAUUGAACCGGAACAUCCAGAACAAAGGUGGUCUGACAGCCCUUGAUCUCUUACGAACCAAUGGAUCUCACAUGAACAUGAAGACAGAAAAAAAGAUAAGAAACUCGGGAGGUAAGAGUGGGUCUUCUCUUAGAAAAGUUAAGACAGCAUAUCUCUUCUUAAGAUCAUCAGUAACUUUCUUAGAAUAUUGCUCAACGGCAAUGGCACGUUAUAAGAACCGUAUGUCGGAUGGAACACGAAACUCUCUUCUAGUAAUAACAGCUUUGGUAAUCACAGCCACUUACCAAACAGCAGUCCAACCACAGGAAAAGGAUGAUGAAACACGUUACAACGGAGAAUUCCUUAUAAAUGCGUUGUUCGUGUGGGGGUUCAAUACUAUAGCAUUUUGCUUGGCUAUUGCCUUGACAUUUAUACUCUUACCAGUUGGUAAAGCAUAUAAUUGGUGGUAUAUCUUCAUUUCAGUGCCUCUCAUCUGUUCUUAUGCACUCUCUAUGUUCUUGAAGUAUAUGACUAAUCAUCUCGUUCUCUUCUUCAUCCCCAUAUACUUGAUGGCGGCAUUUGUACUUGGAUUUCUAAUUUAUGCAUUUGUGUUAUACGUGAAAUGGAAAAUGGCUACACAGAAGAAGGUACCUGAACCUAAAAGCGAGCUCUUUUUUGAAGGCUUCACGACUAUGAUCUAACUAAGUCCACAUUCGCAGACCGUUGAGAGCCUUAGCUAGUCUUCUUUGUAAGUUUAUUGAUACUCUUUUGUAUAAAUGUACUUCAACAUUUAUUUAAGUACCCGUGUGGUUGUAAAAUAAUAUGUGAAGAAUCUAACUACUUCAUUUCUGGCAG